UAUAUGGGGAAAACACACAUUAUGCCUUGUACAUUUUUUCUGAAAAAGGAAAAAAAGCCCCCAGCGUUUGAUGCGAAACGGCGUCGCAUUGAGGGUGAACCGACUGGUUACUGGACUCGAGGCAAACUGACGAGGCGAAGGGAAAGUUGUGUUCGUGUAUAGAAAACUGGAAAUCAGGGAUUCCGUCCUACUUCCGCUAGAAAGAAAUGAGGAAUCGAAGGUUCGCCCAGGUGUCUACGAGCGACGAAGACGAGGACACUCCGUCACGGCACCGGACUCGUUCGUCUGCCAAAUCGGAGGGCUCCGGCCGGCGGCUAAAGAGAAUCCGCCUCGCUGACGAAGAGGAAGACGAGGCGGUAGAAGAGAAAGGGAAGCGGAGGAAGAAAGGGAGGGAGGAAGAGGUCGAAGAAGAAGAGCCCGACGAGGAAGAAGAGGAGGAGGAAGAAGAAGUCCAGGAGGAUGCGAAGCCUGUAGGUGAACCUGUGAAGGUUACGGGGAAGGGGAAAAACCGCCGGACUCACUACAAGGGCUUUGAAUUCGACGGCAAUCAAUAUGAGCUGGAGGAUCCUGUACUAUUGACCCCCGAGGAACAGAACCAGAAACCUUACGUUGCAAUCAUCAAGGACAUCACUCAGACAAAAGAUGGCAAUAUGAUGGUCACUGGGCAAUGGUUUUAUCGUCCAGAUGAGGCUGAGAAAAGAGGAGGCGGAAACUGGAUAUCAUCUGAUACCCGGGAGCUGUUUUAUAGUUUCCAUCAUGACGAGGUUCCUGCAGAGUCUGUAAUGCACAAGUGUGUUGUGCAUUUCAUUCCUGUUCACAAGCAGAUUCCUAAUCGGAAGCAGGAUCCUGGUUUCAUUGUACAGAAAGUUUAUGACACGGAUAACAAAAAGCUGUGGAAGCUAACUGAUAAGGAUUAUGAAGAUGAUAAGCAGCAUGAGAUUGAUAUUCUUGUUCAAAAGACUCUCUCACGUCUAGUAAAUCUUCCGGACAUUGAGGUUGAAGAUGCUGGUGCUGCGCCUUCUGGUGAGCCUGAAGAUCAGUCAAAGGUUAAAAGAAGUCUCCGGAGAAAGAACAUUUCACCUCUUGAUGUUUACAGGGAGGAAGAGACAGCUUCUGCAAGGGAUGGUCUGAGAGCCGAGACACCAGGAAGUUGCACAAGCAAUUCUGAAUUCUAUGCUAUCUUGGUGAAGUUUAAUGCAUUGACCGGAGACACCCACCGUGACAGGUGUUUGGAGAAGCUGCUACAGAGUGUUCAGUAUGCUUGCAGCUCCUCCACUGGUGUUGGUACAGAUGACUGUGUUAAAGAGAAACCUGGUUCAAAUGGGCAGAAUAAUGAAAAGGAGGACAAAUCCCAGUUGACUGCAAUUGAUGAUGCUCAACCGAAAAACCAGAAGGAUAGCAAGUCAUUCCCCUGGCCAGAUGCUGCUGUUCCUGCUGUCAGUGAUCUUGAGCGGGUCACACAUGAGACCUUGUCUGCUGAUAAGUACAACCAGAAGUUAAGACAACUUGUGUUCAAUCUCAAGAAUAACGAGCGCCUUGCUCAUCGUCUUCUGAAUGGAGAGUUGGAACCUUCCAAAAUACUGGCCAUGUCACCGACUGAGUUAAAGCUUCAGGAAGGGUCGACUGCAGAGGAAACAAAGACCAAUGAGCCCGAAGAAUCUGUCCGUAUGCAGAUGACUGAUGCUCGUUGCGGGCGUUGCAAUGAGUCCAAAGUGGGUCUUAGGGACAUCAUUCAAGCAGGACAUGGAGACCGUUAUCAGCUGGAAUGCAUUGGCUGCGGCAACUCCUGGUAUGCAUCAAGGGACGAAGCAUCCAUGUUGACAAUAGAUGGUCCGACUACCUCGAAAUCAGUAGGGAUUGCACCAUUGGCGACCUCAAAGUUUGAAGAGGUAGAAAAGAAGAUGCUGAGUCCUCGGGAAUCAGACAGGGCAACAGCAGCAGACUUUUCGAAGAAACCAGGAAAUGAGCCGCCGGCACAUGUACCACCUGUGCUCGAAACCCAGAAAUCGAUCGGGAAGUCCAAGGUAAAUGACGAGAAUCACGAAGCUGCCGCCGCCUCGAAGAAGGAUCAUCCUCAGACGCAGUAAGGCCGGUGGGUUGGUUCAACGUGUUUAGGGGUUGUACAGAAGCAGAAGGAAAACAAUUAGUUGUGUAUGCUGAGCCUUGGAAUGGGCUUAUGCCAGGUGAUGAAAUAGUUUUAGACUGUCCUUUCAGGGUGUGUAGUUUGCUAGUGUGACAGUGAGGGGUUGAUUCAGCGUCUUAGGUUGUGGCUGUGGAAACUUGAGUAAAAGAUAGCAGCUGAAUAGAAUGACAAGAGAGAGAAACAUAUUGUAGAUUGGUAGUCAAGUCAAAGUAAGUUUUAGUUUUCCAAAGCCACAUUCUCCCGACUCCCCAGAACCCAGAAAAUGAUGAACUCUUGGAAUCAGGAAAUGAUGGUCUUCUCUUCUGGAAAGGAUAAAGCCCUUUAAGCUUCACUAGUAAUGAUGUGUGCAUAUGAGUGAAUCCGCAGCAAGGGCAUCAGUCAAUUAUAUUAUGGUAUUGUUAUCCCAGUGAUUGCAGAAAACAAGAACAAGUAACAAAUUAUGCAUCGUUUCAAAAGAAUGAGCGUGCACGUACAAAAUCCCCUAACUCAAUGAUUUGCAACUACUCAUCGUAGUAGUGUGUAUUGUCGUUCCAAGUAGAUAGAAAUUGUGAAUGGAAGA